AUGGCGCUACCCGGUGUUUUACUCGUGCGGAUGAGAGCGCUCUGUAAUCUGGGCAAAUGUGCGCAAAUAAGAGCCCAAACUGCGCCAAACUGGAGCGAGGGGAUGCGCUGGUAUCGGACUAAAGCCCGGAGUCACCAGGACCCCGGAACAGAAGUGCAUCAUGGGAAAAGAGGAAACUUUAAUCCACGUCUUUUGAAGGAAUUUCCAGAUUCUAAGGGUCUUUUGCACAACACAAUCUCUCGAUCUUUGGGCAUCAGUGACACGUCCAAACUGGUCCAGUACAGCUGCAGUGAAUAUGACGGGGUGAAGAAAGCAACAGUGACAGUGUUAUGGCCUUGUAAAAUUGAAGAAGAGGCGUUUGCUUCUAAAAAGAUUGAUGCUGAACGAGCUGCUGCAGCUGCUGUGUGCCACAAACUCAAAGACAUGGGUGUGAUCGGUCCAAACAAUCAGCUCCCCCAGAGAAGAGUGGGCAGAGGGAGAGGAGGGCUGCACUCACACCUCUUUGACAAAGACGAGGACUUUUGCCAAGGCGACUUUCAUAUGUCUAGAUCAGUGUCAAAUGGACAAAAACAGACACUUAUUCAAGAAAAUCCUGAAGUUACUCAAGCGGUUUCCCUUUUUCCACAACCCAAAUCUCUCCUCACAAGAGUCAUUCAAGUGGCCACCUCAUCCCAAAGAAUCAGGGAGCUGACCCAGUAUAAAAUAACUGGAGGGAAGGUAAAAAAAUGUGAGUUGACACUACGCUGGCCUGAAGAGAUGCAGUUUACAGCCACCGCAAACAACCGAGCCACCGCAGAGAAGAGGGCUGCGGCUUUAGCAUGUUUAAAACUCAAGGAACUUGAGCUGCUGGAUGAAAACAACAACCCCCUGACCCAUGCGAAGUACCACCGUGAGCUGGUGAAGGAGGCUGGAGCCAGGGACAGACGCCCUUUUCUGCUGGACGUCCCUGAGUAUCUGGAGGACAGCAUCAAAUCGUAUCUUUCAGAGUAUCCAGCGGCAGCCGAGGUCCAGAAGCUGUGGGAGGAAGAGGAGCGGGCGUCUCAACAGCAGGAGGAGGAAGAGGAGGACGAAGACCCUCUGACGGACGCCAUCACGGGCCGACCCUACAGACCCUUGUCCUCCCAGCAGGCCGAGCAGCUCAGCUCCUACCUGCAGGGGGCGUGGGAGAGCGCACACCCCGGCUUCACCGUGGAGCUGCCCGUCGACGCUCACCGUCAGAGGGUCCUGUCUGCGGUCCGGUCCUCCAGGGUGGUGGUGAUCGCAGGGGAGACGGGAUGUGGGAAAACCACCAGGAUUCCACGUUUUCUGUUGGAGGAGCGGGUUCGGAAAGGAGCAGGAGCCAACUGUAACAUCCUGGUCACUCAGCCGAGAAGAAUCAGCGCCGUGUCUGUGGCUCAUCGAGUGGCUCAGGAGAUGGGCCCGGCUCUCAAACGCUCUGUGGGAUAUCAGGUGAGACUCGAGAGCCGGCCCCCGGAGCACAGCGGAGGGGCCCUGCUGUUCCUCACUGUGGGCGUCCUCCUGAAGAAGAUCCAGUCGAAUCCGUCGCUCAGAGGCGUCAGUCACGUGGUGGUGGACGAGGUUCACGAGCGGGACAUAAACACAGACCUGCUGCUGGCCCUGCUGCGCACGUCCCUGGAGGAGAACCCCGACCUGCAGGUGGUGCUCAUGAGCGCCACCGGAGACAACCACAGACUGUCCCACUAUUUUGGAGGCUGUCCCGUCGUGAAGGUGCCCGGCUUCAUGCACCCGGUGAGGGACAGGUAUCUGGAGGACGUCCUGAGGGAGAUGGGAAGGCCCCUGCCGCGAGAAGAUGGAGAGGAGAGCGCUGAGGUGGGAAAAGAGGAGACGACGCUCGAUCUGGAUUUGGUCGCUGAUGUAAUUGAACAUGUGGACAGACGUGGAGAGCCAGGAGCCGUUCUGUGUUUUCUUCCUGGAUGGCAGGACAUCAAACUGGUCCAAGAGAAGCUCGCAGUUAAGCAGCAUUUUUCAACAGGCAAACACAUGAUUCUGCCUCUUCACUCCAGUUUAUCAGUGGCCGAUCAGCAGACCGUGUUCCAGCACCCGCCUCCAGGACAGAGGAAAAUAGUUCUGACCACAAACAUCGCAGAGACGUCCAUCACGAUAGACGACAUCGUGCAUGUGGUGGACACUGGAAUGCACAAGGAGCAGAACUACGACCCGAGAACAAAGGUCUCUUGUCUGGACACAGUUUGGAUUUCUCGCUCCAACGUCACCCAGAGAAAAGGCAGAGCUGGACGGUGUCAACCCGGACACUCGUAUCACUUAUUUUCACAGAAGCAGCUGAAGUCUAUGGCUCCUUUCCCCAUCCCUGAGAUCCUGCGCACACCUUUAGAAAAUUUAGUCCUGCAAGCUAAGAUUCACAGUCCAAGUAUCCAGGCUAUAGAUUUUUUGGCACAAGUUCUGGAUUGUCCUGAUAAAGGGGCAGUGAAGGACGCUGUACAAAAUCUACAAGAUAUUGGAGUUCUGGACAAAACGGAGACGCUGACCCCUUUAGGAGAGCGUGUGGCGUACAUGUCAUGUGACCCUCGUCUGGGUAAAGUCCUCAUCCUGGGAGCUUUGUUUCGUUGUGUGCUCCCCCUGCUGUCUGUGGCGGCCUGUCUCACCAGGGACCCUUUCCACAACAGCCUCCAGAACAGGGCCCUCGUCAACAAGGCAAAGGAAUCGUUGAGUCAGUUGAACUACAGCGAUUACUUGGUGUUGAGUGAGGUGGUUUCGGGCUGGAGGCGGCUGCAGAGGGAGGGCGACCGGGACGAGAGAGAAGAGUUUUUGGAUCUUUACACUCUCUCCAGGACCAGCCUGCGCUACAUCAAUGGUCUCAUUUCUCAGUUCAGUGAAAACCUGUUUGAGGCGGAGCUCGUGUCUCGGUCCAGUGAGUGUCAGAGGCAGAGCUCCAUCUACAACGAACACAGCACCGACAACGAGCUGCUCAAGGCCGUGCUGCUCGCAGGACUGUACCCAAACCUCAUACAGGUAAAAAGAGGCUUUGUGACCAAAGGGGGGCGCUUCAGACCCAACACUUUGUCCUUUAGAACAAAAACCGGUCCAGUGAUACUUCACCGCUCGACUGUCAACAGAGGGAAAGAGGAGCUGCCGUGUCGCUGGCUCACAUUCUUCAGUGCGGUCAAGUCCAACGGUCAGGUUUUCAUCAGGGACUCUUCAGCUGUUCACCCUCUGGCCCUGCUCCUGCUCACAGACUGUGACAUCCACGAGAGAGUGCGUGGAGACAGGGUGGAGGUGUCAUUUCCCGGACACGCUCUGGUUCGCUGUGAGAUGGAAGCCGACACCUGGGAGCUGCUGUGGGAACUGCGCACGUCUAUCCUCACCAUGUUACACAGAAACCUCAGCGACCCCGAGAAUAUAACCACCAACGCGACACAAGACGGCAAACUGGUGUCACUGCUCGUCCAACUUCUCAACAACACAGACUCGAGUCCAUACUCCCAGAACAGUGACAGUGAGGUGGACUGAAACGACAGGAUUUAUGAGACGUCCUUGUGUUCUUUUUAACAUUAAAGGGUCUGUGUGUGAUUCAAACCGUGACGGGGGAACAUGUUUGAGUUUGACCGUUAGCCCCGCCCACUUAGUCCUUUCUGCCGCAGUGAUAUUGCACCAUGACACAGAAACGACUGCCUGGGAUAGUCAGUGCCAUGUAAGUGUUUGCUUUUUACAUUAAGUUCUUCCUACUGCCGCCUUCAACGUCGCACCAUCAAUUCAUUGAGGCCAAACUUACGUGCAGUGGCUCUAUUUUCUUCAAACUUACGUGCAGUGGCUCUAUUUCCUUCUUUUUUGGUCAAACUUACGUGCAGUGGCUCUAUUUCCUUCAAACUUACGUGCAGUGGCUCUAUUUCCUUCAAACUUACGUGCAGUGGCUCUAUUUCCUUCUUUUUUGGUCAAACUUACGUGCAGUGGCUCUAUUUCCUUCAAACAUACGUGCAGUGGCUCUAUUUCCUUCAAACUUAUGUGCAGUGGCUCUAUUUCCUUCAAACGUACGUGCAGUGGCUCUAUUUCCUUCUUUUUUGGUCAAACUUACGUGCAGUGGCUCUAUUUCCUUCUUUGACUCAUUUCUUCGUGUGUUUUUCAUGAUGAGGCUGUGUCAUUAUGCGCAAAAUGUCAGUUCAAAAUCAAAACUCGUGUUUUCUUCAGCGCAGAAUCUUUCCCCACGUCUGUCUCACUUUUGCGUUUACUGUUAGAGAGCGCCCCCCGGUGGACGUUAGUCAGUAAAAGUCUAUAAAUUAGCCGCACCGUUGUAUAAACCGCAGGAUUCAAAGCGUGAGGAAAAAGUAGCGGCUUAUAGUCUGAAAUUUACUGCAGUUCUCUCCAGUAUCUUCCUAUUUCAGUUUUGUUUGUCCACUGAUCUGAAGGUUGGCGGUUCAAAUCCCACUCCACUGACUGAUCCACUGACUCACAGGUUGCUGGUGUGAUUCUAGCUCCUACAGAUGAAUGCUGUUGUUGCGUUCUUGGGCAAGACACUUCAACUUAAUACCUUUCAAAACACCAAUUCUUCUUGGGAGCAGCGCUGCCUCUCCACAGAUUUGACCUGUAGCUUGUAGAUUCGGAGCACUAUGG